UGUUUAUAAUGUAGCUGCAUCUGAAGAAAUACAAAGUGGCUUUGUGUCAUGCUGACUAACAACAUAGGGCAUCUCUUAAUGGUAUGUCAAGCAAUGGUUCCAAGAAAGCUGAAGCCGUUUUCCUACAUUUGUGGCAACAGAAUGUUGUCAGGUUACAAGCCUAAAAGCAAUGUCAAGGACUCUUACAAAAUUCUGGAGCUUGAGGAGGGUUGUUCCCUUGAUGAUAUCAGAAACUCAUAUCGAAGUCUUGCCAAAAAAUACCAUCCAGACAGUGGUUCUGCCACAGCUGAUUCCAAAGCGUUUAUGAAGGUAGAAGAAGCAUACAGAAUCGUGCUCAGUGAUGUGACGACCAAAAAGAAAUCUGAUGAGAAUAACAAAGAGGAGGAAGACGAGUUCAAAUUAAAAGCACCACAGCAUAGACACUACUUGAGUUUUGAAGGGGUUGGUUUUGGAACACCAAGCCAAAGAGAAAAGCAAUACAUGCAGUUUCGAGUAGACCGUGCUACUGAACAAGUGUUGGAGUACCGGAAGCAGAGACUUGAAAGCCAGUAUGCUGUGACCGACCUGAUGAAAGCCAAAGAUGUGAGGCACAGCAAAAAGGUGACAAUAACUCAGGCAGUUGAACGGUUGGUUGAGGACCUCAUCCAGGAAUCGAUGGCAAAAGGAGACUUUGACAACCUCAGGGGCAAAGGAAAACCUUUGCAGAAAUUUUCAGACUGUCCACAUAUCGACCCUAUGACUCACAACUUGAACAGGAUUCUCAUAGACAACGGAUACCAGCCAGAGUGGAUCCUGAUGCAGAAGGAAAUACGGGAAACUAUUGAGCGGUUAAGGAAGGGUAUAGUGGCAUCCAGAAUUAAGCUUGGAGAGCCGAUGACGCCACAUAGGCAAAAACAGUGGAAUCGUAUUUGUGAGCAAUUUGUAGAAGAUAUCGGGAAGUUAAACAAAAGAAUUGACAACUUCAAUUUAGUUGUUCCACUUCUGAGCAGACAAAUGGUGCACUUCAGUGCAGACAAAGAAGUUGUUCGAGCACAAAAGACUUACGAAGCUUUGAUGGAAAACCGAGAGACUUCUAAUUCAGACACAAAGGAAAAUGAAGAGAAAAGUGUUAAAAGGCUUGGGUGGAAGUCCUCUUUAUUUAAGUGGCUAAACCUGACAUUGAAAUAA